GAUGGAGAUAAAGCGUGCUAGAAUAAUAAAUUGAGGGACCAUAUUUCUACAUCAUGGACCAAUAUCUAUUUUCAGUAUCUAUAAGUUACCAAUUUGUGUUGAAAUUAAUUUCCCUCAAGAAAUCACACACACAAACACAAAACAAGAAACAAUCUAUGUUCCCUGUUCAUUCUCUUCCUGUCAUUGCUAGAAGGUCUGUGGUCAUGCUGCUCUUCUUUGCCCUUCCUCCAACUGCCCUUUCUCAAGGCCCUGCUGCUCCAACUCCGCUGACCAUAACCAAUCGCGUAACUCACUUGCUACCACUAUCCCCAUGUGUGCCAUUUGUCCAAGGCACCACCCAGUCACCAGCGCAGAUGUGUUGUAUCAACCUCAAGCAAAUCUACAGCCGGCAACCUGCUUGCCUUUGCCUCUUGCUCAUUGGCACUACCCUCAGGAAUUUGCCUAUUACCUCCACACUAGCCCUGCAGCUGCCUAUUCUUUGUAUAAAAUUUCAAUGUAUAAGGUCACAAAUAGCGGAUAUAUCAUUGUCCACCUCUCCUCCUAUGCUGGGUCCGGAUUUACCUAGGCCAAGCAUGAUGGGACUUGGACUUGGCAGGAGCACUGGUAUAAAGUUGCCGGCAGAAGGUGUAUUGACAGUUAUGGCUGCAAUUUCAACAAUUCUGUUUGCAAUAUGUGAAAUCUAAUAAUCCAACAGUAGCUUUUUCAAUUAAGUCAUUGUCAGUAGGUGAUUAUGGUGUCCUGGUAAACUUUACUAGUAUUUGAGAUCAGUAUAUGCAUUAAGCAAUCAGCUUUGGUGUAAUUUACCAUGUUUCCCUUUGAAGUGUGUUCAGAUGUUAUUA